GAGGAUUUUGGUCAAAUAUAUAACCAUUUGAAAAAUUGUAUCAGUCUCGAGAGUUCAUUGAAAGAUUAUGAGUUUAUUAUUGGUGAUGAAAAAAUAAAUUUUGGCUGGACAAAAUCGCAAAUUAUUGACUUCCUUAAACAACAUAAAUGUUCGAUUGAUAAUCUAGUUAGGAUAUCUGAUGUAAAAAAAG